AUAAGGUGCAACGUCUGUACGCAUCUUAAGUCUGUGGCUGAACUUGGAUACUUUCUUCAAUUUAUUGUUAGAUGGCGGAAGUUCCAAUUUCUUAUAAUACGCACCAUAUGAUAUGAUUUGUGAAAUCAGUGUAAAUGCGAAAGAUAGUGUAUGUGAAAACUGUCGAAAAGUUACGAAUAAAAAGCAACAGAUAGGUGUUUAAUAUAUUCAUCACUUAAAGACGAGUUUAAUAAAUGGGAAUAUACGCAUACAUCAUAAAACUCCAGUUAACAUGAAUAUCAGUUAUAAAAGAAACUAAUACAUUUGUCUAAUACCAGGUAAAUCAUGUCGCAUCAAUCAUUAUUUUUGGAAAAUGUUACAGAUCAUGCUUAUAUUAUGUAUUCUGAUUUUUAAUCUGCUGGUAACAAUACAAAUAAUAUUUCCAAUGAGACUCUAUUGAAGGCAGCGCAGAACGUUAACAAUAACACAUAUAAAGAAACUAAUAAAUGUAUUAUACAUUGGAUAAUCAAAAGUUUAAUUUAAUAUUUCUAAUGAGACAUUGUCCAAGGCAAAUCUGCAAUUUAAUGACAUAGAAGAAGAUAAUAGUGAAAUUAUUGUGCAUAAAAUAAAUAAUACAUAUGCAGUUGCACAGAAUCAACAUGAUAAUAUAAUUAACAAACUAUUAUUGAAUGAAAGAGUAUCACUUUCCAGAAAGACUGCAAAUGCUACAAAAUAACUCAGUGGUAUAUGUGGUUUCAAAACUCUUAGUAGUAGUAUUACCAAUGCAGCUUUGACUAAGGCAAUUAAGAAGUUUAAUGACAUAGAGAUUGAUAAUAAUAAAAUUAUUGUCCCUACAGCAGUGAAUAAUACGUAUGCAACUAUACAGAAUCAACAUAUUAAUGUAAUAAACAUGUUACCAUUAAAUGAAAGAGUUAUAUUUUCAAAGAAAACAGCAGAAAGUAUAACGGAAUUCAAUGAUAGAUGUGGCUUCAAAACUGCCAAAGGUGCUUCAAUUAAUAUCUCCAAUGAAGCUUUAUUCAAGGCGAAUCAGCAAUUCAAUGAUAUAGAAGUAGAUAAUGAUAAAAUUAUUGCGUGUACAGCAAAUAAUGCAUAUGAAUCUAUGAAAAAUAAGAAUAUUAAUAUAAUGAACAAACAGUUAUUAAAUGAAAAAGACAUAUUCUCUGAUGAAAGAGCAGUGUCUACAAAGAAUCUCACGGGUUCAUGUGGCUUCAAAACUGCCAAAGGUGGUUCAAUUAAUAUCUCCACUGAAGCUCUGUUCAAGGCGAAUCAGCAAUUCAAUGACAUAGAAGUAAAUAAUGAUAAAAUUAUUGCGUGUACAGCAAAUAAUCCAUAUGAAUCUACAGAAAAUCAGGACAGUACUGUAAUGAACAAACAGUUAUUAAAUGAAAAAAACAUAUUCUCCGAUGAAAGAACAGUGGCUACAAAGAAAUUUGCUGGUUCAUGUGGCUUCAAAACUGCCAAAGGUGGUUCAAUUAAUAUCUCCAAUGAAGCUUUAUUCAAGGCAAAUCAGCAAUUCAAUGAUAUAGAAGUAGAUAAUGAUAAAAUUAUUGCGUGUACAGCAAAUAAUCCAUAUGAAUCUAUGAAAAAUAAGAAUAGUAAUAUAAUGAACAAACAAUUAUUAAACGAAAAAGACAUAUUCUCCGAUGAAGGAGCAGUGUCUGCAAAGAAUCUCUCUGGUUCAUGUGGCUUCAAAACUGCCAAAGGUGGUUCAAUUAAUAUCUCCAAUGAAGCUUUAUUCAAGGCGAAUCAGCAAUUCAAUGAUAUAGAAGUAGAUAAUGAUAAAAUUAUUGCGUGUACAGCAAAUAAUCCAUAUGAAUCUAUGAAAAAUAAGAAUAUUAAUAUAAUGAACAAACAAUUAUUAAAUGAAAAAGACAUAUUCUCUGAUGAAGGAGCAGUGUCUGCAAAGAAUAUCACUGGUUCAUGUGGCUUCAAAACUGCCAAAGGUGCUUCAAUUAAUAUCUCCACUGAAGCUCUGUUCAAAGCGAAUCAGCAAUUCAAUGAUAUAGAAGUAAAUAAUGAUAAAAUUAUUGCGUGUACAGCAAAUAAUCCAUAUGAAUCUAUGAAAAAUAAGAAUAGUAAUAUAAUGAACAAACAAUUAUUAAAUGAAAAAGACAUAUUCUCUGAUGAAGGAGCAGUGUCUGCAAAGAAUCUCACUGGUUCAUGUGGCUUCAAAACUGCCAAAGGUGCUUCAAUUAAUAUCUCCAAUGAAGCUUUAUUCAAGGCGAAUCAGCAAUUCAAUGAUAUAGAAGUAGAUAAUGAUAAAAUUAUUGCGUGUACAGCAAAUAAUCCAUAUGAAUCUAUGAAAAAUAAGAAUAGUAAUAUAAUGAACAAACAAUUAUUAAACGAAAAAGACAUAUUCUCUGAUAAAGGAGCAGUGUCUGCAAAGAAUAUCACUGGUUCAUGUGGCUUCAAAACUGCCAAAGGUGGUUCAAUUAAUAUCUCCAAUGAAGCUUUAUUCAAGGCGAAUCAGCAAUUCAAUGAUGUGGAAGAAAAUGAUAGUGAACUUAUUAUGCAUACUACAAAUGCUAUGCAAUUUGAAGAUAGUACAAGAAAAAAGAAUACUGAAUAUAAUAUACAUAGAAUAAAUAGUAAAUUUCAAGCUGUGGGUGAUAAGUAUCUUAUAACUACAAAUCAUUCUUCAAAAGAUUCAAAUAUGUUAUUAAAUUUAUGUUCUGUGAACAAUAAUACAGUUCAUGCAUUGGAAAUGGGUAAAGUAGAAAAUAAACAAGUACUUACUAAUGAUGAAGAAGACACAAUUAUGUUUAAUAUGUCUGAAAUGCCCAAAUUUCAAACUGCAAAUGGUCAAAAUAUAAAUAUUAGGAAAGAAGAUUUACUAGAAGCAAGAGCAAUAUUUUAUGAUAGAACUAUAGAAAAUUGUAACAAUGAUCCAUUGUUAAAUAAAUCAUUGCCGAAACGCAAGAUUAAAGAUUUGGAUGACACAUCUAUUGGCAAGGAAAUAAUAUCUAAUCAAUUUAAGAAGUUACGGUUUAGUAACCAGUUUCAGGUGCAGAAGACUGUUUGCAAGCAUUCAGAAAACAGUGAUAGAAAGAAUCGAGAGUCACCUUCCUUUAAGCUUAUGCUUUCAGGCAGUGCCACUAAUGAAUUGAGGAGCAACAUUUAUAACACUGAGAAAAAUAAAGAGGAUAAUACUAUAGACAAUAAUCUUUCAGUUACGCAUGAAAUUGUAGAAAGUGCAGUUGCACUUUUAGCAGAUGAAAACAGUUCAGAUACCUUUAAUCAAUGGGUCUCUCCUGCACAAAAUAAGGAAAACGAUGGUGUUACAAAUAUACAAUUGAGUCCUGUAAUAGGAGGACAAUUUGUUCUUAAAAAAAGAAAAAAUGUAGGCACUCGAAGAAAACAUACAUAUACUGCAGACAGAAAGGAGAAUAAAUUCAUUUGUACAUAUAACACGAACCAGUUAAGAGAUAAACAUUUAAAUUCAGAUUUAUGUGUAAAAAAAGAAACAUCAUUAUUAGUAAAAAAUCAAGAAUCAAUGAAUAAUAUAGAAAGACAUGAUACCUCUGUUGUCAAUGAAUUUGGUGACACACAAUUAAUAUUAGAUUUCAUAAAUGAAUCUGCUAGUAUAUUAGAAAAACGCUUGCAAACUGCUGUAGAACAAGAAACACAAGUUAAAUUGAAAGAAAAAACCAAGCCACGCUCAACAAUUGGUACAUUAUAUUUUCACAGGACUAAUUGUAAUAAUCGAAUAUCUUGGAGAGAAAUUAGCAAAGAGGAUGUACCUAUUCCAUGUACAUGCAAGGAGCUUAUUGAACGAAAAUUACCACCUGAGAUUUUGGACUUAACAGCUGAAAAUGCUGUAACAUAUAAAUUUCGAUGUUCAGAUUUUUAUGGGCAGACCACUGUACAAAAUAAUAUCGAAGGUAUACAAUUGGCAGAUGGAGCAUGUUUGAUUCUUGAUGAAAACGGUUAUGUAGGAAUAUCAGAGAUUAAAAGAUCUUUUCUAGCAAGUCCAGGGGUGGAUCCUAACUUAUUGCCUACUGGAUGGGUAGAAAAUCAUUAUAGAUGGAUUGUUUGGAAAUUAGGGUCAAUGGAUAGAGUAAGGUUUACUUCUAUCCUUUUACCAAGAGCAUUGACUCCAGCUAGAGUGAUGAUGGAAUUAAAGUAUCGUUACGAUCGAGAAAUUGAUAGAUCUCAGAGAUCAGCAUUACGAAAAAUUUUAGAGAAAGAUGACAUCGCAUCUAAAAGAAUGGUUUUGUGCGUAUCAUCUAUUAUUGAGUUUGAUAAUUCGGCUGCUGUUAGCACAAAUUCAAAUCAUUUAAAGCCACUGUCAAAGAAGUUAAUAUUAACAGAUGGAUGGUAUAGUAUUCAAGCCACUAUUGAUCAAGCAAUGAAAAACAAUAUUAUACAAGGUAAAGUGAAAGAAGGGACAAAACUGAUUACUUAUGGAUCUGAAUUGCUACAUUGUGAUCAAGGAUGUUCACCUUUAGAAGUUCCAGAUAAUGUUUGUUUAAAAAUUCACACAAAUUCAACAAGAAGAGCAAGAUGGGAUACAAAAUUAGGAUAUGUAGGACCUUCAGGACCAAUGUGUAUAAAAUUAAAAAGUAUUUGUCCAUAUGGAGGUUUAGUUGGAAAAAUUAAAGUUCUCAUUGCGAGAGUAUAUCCAAUAUUAUAUCAUGAAAAAACAUCUUCUGGAGAAUCUAUUUUCCGUAAUGCUAGAUGCGAGGAAAAAGCUAAUAUUGUUUAUGAAAGAGAAUGUCGAUUGUUGAUAGAAUCGUUCUAUGCAAAAGCAGAGAAACAUUUUUAUAUGGAAAAAAGACAAAGCAAUUCAGAUCCAGACAGUAUUGAUUUGGCAGCAAUGGAGUGGACCAAAGACCGUGAGAAAUUAUUUGAAGAGGAAUUUCUCUCAAAACAAGAAAAGGAGCAGCUGAUGAAUAAAUGUCGUAUGGAGGAAGAAAAUUUCAGGCAAAAAUUAGAAUAUAGAUUACAAAAAAGCUUGCCUCCUCCAAGACAGAUUACACCUGUUUUAAAAAUUCGAGUAGUUGAGGAAGAAACAACUGCUAUUCUUUCUAUCUGGUCGCCAAGUGAAGAGAUUACUGAUAUUUUAAAGGAAGGAAAUUGCAUAUCUGUUUGUAAUGUUACACCCUCUGUUAAAAGAGGCAUUGAUUUGCAACUAACUGCCAACCGGAAUGCAGUAUUUAACCAAAUUAAUACAUCUAAUAAACUUUAUCCUCAAAGAAUGUAUACACCACUAUAUGAUAUAAAUAAGCUCAACUAUGAUCCAGCUUAUGGAGAAUUUGAUACAGUUGGAAUUGUUGUUUACAUUGGAAAUGAGCCAUAUGGUAUGAAAAAUUUUCAAGCUGCAUAUUUGGCACAUCCGAAUGCAAAUUUUGAGUCUUCUUAUUUAUCAGUAUUGUUUUGGAAUGGUAUUUCCUCUUAUGGAUGUGCAGAAAUCUUAACUAUAGGAUCUCCCGUUGCGUGUAGCAAUUUAGAAUGGCGGCGAGCUGCAUUAUGGAAUUUACCUAUGGCGUAUUGUACAGAACGAAGCAGCUUUACACAAAAUCCUAAACAAAAUCAUCUUCAACGUCCAUUUGAAGCACUGAAAUGUUUAAUCAUGGAUACCAGUUCAUAUGUAUCCAAGUGUGCAGCAGAAAUUUCAGAAGAAGUACGUAAGAAGUCAAUAACCAGAUCUUCGGACCAAUUGACGCCAGAUAAAAAUCAUUUGGAUAAAAUUUCAUCAAAUAAAGAUUGUAAUUACACAUUUCAAGAGACUUCGGAAAGUAGUUUAGUGAAUAAUACAUCAGUAAAGUCUAUUGCUAUACAAAAGCGACUUGAGAGAUUACAGUGUUAUGGUGAAGCAUCGAGUUUGUCUCCUAUUGUGCUCAAUAGUUCUAAACGAGUAUCAGUAGACUUUCAAUCACCUGUUCGAACAUCAACUGUGAAACAAACAAAAGCGCACAUGUCAUUACGUACAAAAUUUUUUGACAAUUCUAGAUGAUAAUUUGAAGGAUUAUUUGUAAUUUAAUAUUUAAAGAAAUCUAUCAGUUUAUAAUACGACUGUGAAUGUUCAGAUUAAUUUACAUUUUUUAUAGACUGAUUAAUGGAAUAGAAGCCAGGGGGUAAUUGUUUCUUCUAUCAAAGAAUUGUUAAAUUAUACAAAAAAUAAAAGCGUUAUUUGUGCUACAAAUAUAUAAACAUUUGAAGUUAAUUUAUAACAAUUUUAUGUAAUAUAUUAUUUUAAGAAAUUUGUAUAAAACUAGGUUGAAGGACUUACAUAUUUAGUUAUACUAUACUAUUUAAUUCUAGUUUUGAGCAUUUAGUUUUAUAGAAUGUAUUGAAAAAGAAUAACAAUCAAUUAUACUUAAUUAUAUUUUUAUAUUUAAAUAAUGUAAAUUAAUUUGUAUUUAUAAUGAAAGUAAGCUAUACCAAUGUACAUAUUUUUAAAGUCGAUUUUUCCGAAACAAAUAGAUGUUUAAAAAGUAACCCUUAAUACGUUGUCUACUACGGGGGUUAUUGACAACUAAUACUUCCUAAUUGUUUGAAAACAAUUACAACGUCUAAAAUGAUUGAAGUCAAAGAGAAAUGUUUAAUAACAUAAGUAACUAGUUAAUAGCGUAACUUAAGGUAAUAAUUAUUAAUUGUUUACAUUUAUCUUUGCUACGAUAAAAUAAGUGAUAUAUAAAACGUUCAAAACGCUAGUGGUAGUCAACGUAUUAAGAUAUUAUUAAAAUAAGUAUUAUAAAUUCUAUUGAAUUAUGUAAACUUUAAUUUCAUUUAGUACAUUUAGUGUUAUACUU